AAUAGGUAAACUGCUACAGUGUAGGUUUUAUGGAUUUGAAAGAAAGUUAUGUUAGCUGGUUUGGAGAGAUAACACUGCCUCCUCCCUCUGGGUGGCCCCCUCGUUGCUCCUAUUAGAUACUAAUUACUUGGCAACAAAUAAACAAUUAUCGCCUCAUGCUUCCAUGGAGGGGGGUUUUCAUUCAGAUGCUAAAACUUUCUAACUACACAGUUUUAAUUAAUGACGUCGAAAAUCUCUACUAAUAUGUGGAACGAGCGGGCUGGGCCGAAUUGGGACUGAAAGUGGAGAGAGGAUGAUGGCUAGUGUUCAUCUCUGUGCCGGCGAUAGAAAAGCCCGCUCUCAACUUGCAGAAACUUCGAAGGCGUCAGAGAGAAAAACUUCAAGAUGUUCCUUCACUAUUGAAAGCAUUCUGGGGCUGGGCAAAAGUGAGGAGACGGCUCGUAUCAUAACCCCUCAUCGACCGUGGGUUGAUAUACUUAACGUUACAGCUUUUCCAGGAAGCUCGUGUCCAGAUUCGUCGGAGAGAUUCUGUGAUCCGUCAAUUACAGUGAAGGAAGGCAAGGGGAGGGACCGUGAGAUGUGUUGUGCUGAGCCAGCCGGACAGAGCGAGGACCGCUUCUCUGAUCGGCCAAACUGCUGCUGGUUCCGAGGUAGAAGAGCCAGGACUGCUUUCAGCAGGAAUCAGAUUGAAGUAUUAGAAAAAGAAUUUCAACUGAAUUGUUACCCAGGGAUUGAUGUUCGUGAAGAACUUGCUCAGAAACUGGCUCUAGAUGAAGACCGAAUUCAGAUCUGGUUCCAGAAUCGUCGUGCAAAGCUGAAAAGAUCACGGCGUGAAUCUCAGUUUCUGAUGGUGAAAAAUGCACUAAUAAGUUCAGGUGUACAAAAGCAGAAAGUUGACUCGCAGCUAUAGGAACUUGAUCAUCAAAAAAUUUUCAACCAUUUCUUGAUGCUCCAUUUUGUAGCUAGAACCUUUACGGACCAGGGUGGCUGCAGCCUUCAUGUGCUGAGUUAGUGAUUAUAACUAGGACAGCAGCAAGGGUGAAACAGUUCAACAUCCCUGGGUUAGGGAAGGGAAUAUUUGACUGAAUUUUGUCUGAUUGCAGUUCAUUGAUCCCUCAGGAAAGACUUGUGAUGACUACUGAAGGGAGCAAAAUUUGACUAUUGUGAUGCUUCAUAUAAAUAAUAUCCUUGUGGCAGUAAGCUAGAAGGCUGCCGAUGUCUGGAAUUGGUGUCUAGCAAGGAGUUUAUUGCUUCAAAGAAGGAAGUAAGAUUAAUUUUGUAAUUUCAGUGAUACUAGGACAGAUCAUCUGGUCACUUUUAUCAUUAUUCAUUGUGGGGCCUUGCUGUGUGCCCGUUGGUUGUCUCAUUUCCCUACAACAGUGACUGCACUGGCUGAAAUACCUGGGUUGUCCUGAGGUUGUGAAAGGCACUAUAUAAAUGUAAGUCCUUUUAAUAUUAGUCAUAUACUGCUAACAGAGUCUCGCUCUGUCCUUCUGUUCUGGUGCCAUGUUGCUGAAAUGUCUGCAGAAUUUAUAAGUGGUUGCUAAUGUUUAAAAGUUUAAUUUUGUCUUUUUAUUCUGUCACGGGAAAUAUAUAAUUCAACAGUUGGCAAAAGUAUUAUACUAUGUAUAAAAGAAUCUGCGCUUUUAGUAUUGCAGAAAGAACCUGAGCAUUUUCGAACCAGUAGUUUAAUUGUGCUUCCAGGAUAGUUUGUCUGGGUAGAGUAGAAUUUGAUUUUGGAUAAGGACUAUUAAAUGUGCAGCUAUAUCAUUUAAAUAAUCAAAAGUUGGAAAAUAAUGUACCACUUUGUUUCACUUGUAAAAGUCUUAGAUUGUGUGCAUAGUUUUAUAAAGUAAGUUUGAAAGGUUUCUUGGUCUCGAUCUGUAUAAUUGUGUAUGUAAACCAAGAAUUGCCUGUCAAAACAUGUGUAUGCAAAACUUGUACACUUUUGGUCUUUUUGAGCAUAUUUAAAAUAAAGCUGUUGAACUUGCAUCACA